CUGCAUGAAGCCUUCGAUCACGCUCAGAAAGAAUGUGCUACAACCUCGGCGCUUCCACGGCCGCCACCACCGCGCCCGCGCCCGAGCCGGAGCCCGAGCCGCCCGGCCCCUCGGCGUCGCCGGCGCCGCCGCCGCUUCCCCGCCUGCCCGGCUGGCCCCGGGCUCGGAGCGCGCGGUCCCCGCCGCCGCCCCGCGCUCGCCCCGUGCUUGACGCAGUGAGCGCCGCAGCCCGGCUCCCGCCGGCUCCGCUCCGCUCCCCGUCGCAGGCCGAGCCCAGCCCGGCGGGCUCCGGGAGGGGCGGGCAGGGCGCGAGGGGGAGGAGAUCUGUCUGGAGCCAGCGAGCCGGAGGAGGAAGAGGAGGAGGAAGGAGGGGAAGCCGCCGCCGCCGCCGCCGCGCUCCGGGGACCUGGGCGCGCGCGCUCCGCUCGCCCGAGACCGUGCCUCCAGCCCCGGGCCCGCACCCGGCCCAGGGGGAGCUGCCCUGGUGACCAUUUGUCCUGCGCUCCAUCUGGACCCAUGCUCUUCCUCUGUGUCCUGCGAUGAGGAGAAGAUGUCCGUGACUCCCGCGGGGAGGGACCCACCAGCCUGUCCCUCUCAGCCGCGUCAGGUCGCCGGGGGGCCCUGACCCAAAGCAGGACCAGCUGAGCUGGAGCUGCAGGGUGGAGCUGUCCGGACGCGCAGGCCGAUGGGGACGGAGGUCACGGCCAUGGCAGGACGCGGGCGGACGACGAGAGGCGGCGGGCAGUGAGGGAGGCGCGUCCCUCCCAGCACUCGCGCCGUGCGACCAUGCGGUUUGGGACAGGACGCCCCUGAGUCUGCAAGCAGCCUCCCCUCCCGCCCCUCUGUCCCUUCGGAGGCUGCAGCCCGGCCCCCCACCCAGUCCCCCCACCCCCACCCCUGGGCAGGCUGAGCGGGGUCUCCCGCGAGGGCGGUCCCAAUGGCCGGGUGCCGGUGGGGCGCGCUGUGGGUGUGCGUGGCGGCCGCCGCCCUGCUGCACGCGGGCGGGCUGGCCCGUGGCGACUGCUGGCUGAUUGAGGGCGACAAGGGUUUCGUGUGGCUGGCCAUCUGCAGCCAGAACCAGCCGCCGUACGAGGCCAUCCCACAGCAGAUCAACAACACCAUCGUGGACCUGCGGCUGAACGAGAACCGCAUCCGCAGCGUGCAGUACGCGUCGCUGAGCCGUUUCGGCAACCUCACGUACCUCAACCUCACCAAGAACGAGAUCGGUUACAUCGAGGACGGCGCCUUCUCCGGCCAGUUCAACCUGCAGGUCCUGCAGCUGGGCUACAACCGGCUGCGCAACCUCACGGAGGGCGUGCUGCGCGGCCUGAGCAAGCUGGAGUACCUGUACCUGCAGGCCAACCUCAUCGAGGUGGUGACGCCCAGCGCCUUCUGGGAGUGCCCCAACAUCAUCAACAUCGACCUGUCCAUGAACCGCAUCCAGCGGCUGCACAGCUCCACUUUCGCCGGCCUGGCCAAGCUGUCCGUGUGCGAGCUCUAUAGCAACCCCUUCUACUGCUCCUGCGAGCUCCUGGGCUUCCUGCGCUGGCUGGCGGCCUUCACCAACGCCACGCAGACCUACGACCGAAUGCAGUGCGAGUCGCCGCCCCUCUACUCCGGCUACUCCCUCCUGGGCCAGGGCCGCCACGGCCAGCGCAGCAUCCUCAGCAAGCUGCAGUCCGUGUGCACCGACGGCUCCUACGCGGCCGAGCCCCACCCGCUGCCGGGCCGCUCGCCGUCGGGCCGCUCGCCGCCGCCACCGCCGCUGCCCCCCGAGCCCAGCGAGGCCCCCUGCGCCGACGACGAGUGCUUCUCUGGCGACGGCACCACGCCGCUGGUGGCCCUGCCCACGCUGGCCACCCAGGCCGAGGCCCGUCCGCUCAUCAAGGUCAAGCAGCUGACGCAGAACUCGGCCACCAUCACGGUCCAGCUGCCCAGCCCGUUCAACCGCAUGUACACGCUGGAGCAUUUCAACAACAGCAGGUCGUCCACGGUGUCCAGGCUCACGAAGGCCCAGGAGGAGAUCCGCCUGACCAACCUCUACACGCUCACCAACUACACCUACUGUGUGGUCUCCACCAGCUCGGGGCUGCACCAUAACCACACCUGCCUCACCAUCUGCCUGCCCAAGCCGCCCAGCCCGCCGGGCCCUGUGCCCAGCCCCUCCACGGCCACCCACUACAUCAUGACCAUCCUGGGCUGCCUCUUCGGCAUGGUGCUGGUGCUGGGCGCUGUCUAUUACUGCCUGCGUAAGCGGAGACGCCAGGAAGAGAAGCACAAGAAGGCGGCCUCGGCGGCCGCGGCCGGCAGCCUCAAGAAAACCAUCAUCGAGCUCAAGUACGGGCCCGAGAUGGAGGCGCCCGGCCUGGCCCCACUGUCCCAGGGCCCGCUGCUGGGCCCCGAGGCUGUGACCCGCAUCCCAUACCUGCCGGCGGCCGCCAGCGAGGUGGAACAGUACAAGCUGGUGGAGAGCAGCGAGACCCCGAAGGCCAGCAAGGGCAACUACAUGGAGGUGCGCACUGGGGAGCCCGCGGAACACCGGGACUGCGAGCUGGGCCGGCCGGGCCCCGACAGCCAGAGCUCGGUGGCCGAGAUCUCCACCAUCGCCAAGGAGGUGGACAAGGUCAACCAGAUCAUCAACAACUGCAUCGAUGCCCUCAAGUCUGAGUCCACCUCCUUCCAGGGCGGCAAGUCCGGGGCCGUGUCCACGGCCGAGCCACAGCUGGUGCUUCUGUCCGAGCCGCUGGCCGGCAAGCACGGCUUCUUGUCGCCCGUGUACAAGGACACCUUCGCCCACGGCCUGCAGCGGCACCACAGCGUGGAGGCGGCCCCCGGACCCCCGCGCGCCACCACCCCGGCCGGCGGCUCCAUGCGCAGCCCGCGCGCCUUCCGUGCCGAGGCCGCUGGGGUACACAAGGCCGCGGCCGCCGAGGCCAAGUACAUCGAGAAGAGCUCACCCGCGGCCGACGCCAUCCUCACUGUGACGCCCGCGGCCGCCGUGCUGCGGGCCGAGGCCGAGAAGGGCCGCCAGUACGGCGAGCACCGGCACUCGUACCCCGGCUCCCACCCCGCCGAGCCGCCCGCGCCCCCCGUGCCUCCGCCCCACGACAGCCUGGGCGGCCGCAAGCCGUCCAUCCUGGAGCCGCUGACCCGGCCGCGGCCUCGCGACCUGGCUUACUCACAGCUGUCCCCACAGUACCACAAUCUGAGCUACUCCUCCAGCCCCGAAUACCCCUGCCGGGCCUCCCAGAGCAUCUGGGAACGCUUCAGACUGAGCCGCCGACGCCACAAGGAUGACGCGGAGUUCAUGGCGGCCGGCCACGCGCUGCGCAAGAAGGUCCAGUUUGCCAAGGAUGAGGACCUGCACGACAUCCUGGACUAUUGGAAGGGCGUGUCUGCGCAGCACAAGUCCUGAGCCCCGCUCUCCCCUUCCGCCCCCGCCCGCCCGCAACUCGUGACGCCCACUGGACCAAAAAGGACACAAAACUCAUUGCAGCUAUUUGUAACCCAGAGACUCUCACGCGAACCCGACACACACGCGUGCACACGCGUGACAGCAGCCGCUGAAGCUGGGCCCCGCGGAGAAGGUGGGGGGGGGGCCCAGGGUACCCACGGAAGGGAGCCGCGGCCGGGUGCGCACUCCUGUGCCGAGCCGGGCCCCCCGGAGUGAGCAGCCUGUCUGCGCGCACACUGCGCGCACACACUGUGCACACACACAUGCACACGCACACACACACACACAAGGGACUUCGGAAAACUGUGUCUUAGGGAUGGGGGUGAGGAUGGGAAUUUUUUUUCAUUGUCUUUCUUCUCUGCCUUCUUUCUUUUCCUCUCUCUUUCUUUCUUUUCUUCCUUUUUUUAAAAAAAAAUAAUAAAAGUCAAGUUCUCUUAAUAAGAUAUAACAACAGACAUGGGGGGCGUGUGGCCGGCGUGACCACCUGGCUCCCCGGGUCAUCUCCUCUGUCCGUGGUUUGCUGUGGAUUCUGUCCUGUCCGUCGCUUCGUUGCCACCUCCGGAGGCCACCAAAGACGGCAGAGAGAAUGCAGGCGGCCGGGUGGCCUCAGGGACAUCCUGGAGCCCCGCGGGACUCGAGGGGGAGGACUGUGCCGUGGACGGCUCGGGGGUGGCCGGGAGGGGCGUGGGCUGGGCCUGCGUGCUCCGGCCGCAUCCCCGCUGUACACUGUCAUCGUCCUACUGUACAGAAAAAUAUUUCUAUAUUUGCAAUGUUUGCUGUAAAAUGAGAAAGAAGAAAAAAAAGACUAUGUCUACUAAAAAAAAAAAAUUCUGCAAAGGAAAAAG